AAGCUAUUAGAGACUAAAAUAUUAAGGAUGAAAGCGAGAACGGCUUUCAUGUGGGAGGAAGUAAUUUCUAAUAAUGUGUUAGUAGGGCUUGCUUAGGCAAAGACCUUAGAAAGUAACGACGAGACUGACCCCUUCUCACUCACCAGGUGUGGAAAGGGGAAGAGGACAUAACCAGCACCAGGAGAUUAAUCAAGGAGGGCAACCGCGUCAAGCUUGAAGAUGUCGGAAGGAUCAGGGUAUUGAGAUGGGACCCUUUUUAUCAUAUUUGUCUUUAUUUCCUGUUCUAUGAGUAUACUGGGGAACUCAGGUUUUCUGUUCAAGUGUUUGGAUUGAGACUUUCCCAACUGUUUAGGGCUUUUCGUUGAGAUUUUUGGUUACUAUCGUUGGUUGAUUUUUGGUUUAACUUUAAAACAUGGUUUGGGUGCUCCGGAGUAACCGGUUUUUGUUUUAAAGUUUGGGUUUGAAUUGUCCAAAAAGAUCAGGUCGUUUCAGUCUUCCUCCUUGCUUCAUUCUAACUAGAUACCUCGGUGCCAGUUGGAUCCCCCUGGGUAUAAACCUCAGGUCUUACCGGUUUGGGGGGAUCCGCCAGUUGCGGAGGUUAUUUUCCAGAGGGAGGGGCGCUAGUGUGACCUUAAACUUAGCCAAUGGUUUGACCCGUCUACCUGCCGGAAUCAAAGCAAUUCCUAUUCCACGUUAGAAUGUGGAGGAUAGACCAAUCUGGCAUGAUACAACUGACGGGAUUUUCUUGGUCAAAUUGGCUUACCAUCUGGUUGUCUCCUUGAUAGGAGGAGGGGUGGGUGGAAGUCAACGACUAGUUGGAUGGAUAAGACUAGCUGGAUUCGUUUGUGAGAAGCAAAUAUUCCCCCAAAGCUUAAAGUCUUUGUCUGGCAGAUUCUCAAUCUAGCACUUCCAACCACGAAAGCUCUCAUUGAGAAGAAAGUCAUGGUUCAUCCUUGGUGUCUGAUUUGCUUGGAGAGUUCUGAGUCUGGAGUAUUUGGGGGAGGGGUUGCCUCGUCAUACCUUUCCGUUGUUCCUUAAAAAGCUCCUGGCUUUGGUUAAUCAUCCCUCAUUGUUCAUGGAAAUUAUUGUCGUCAUUUGGCGGAUCUGGAGGUCUCGUAACUGGGUUGGCUUUGAAGGCAAACAGUUCGACAUUCCUGGGUUGAUGUGACAAUUUCACCAACAGUAUGAGGAAUGGCUUGGUUUGCCACUUGAUCGUGCGGCUCUGGCUGUGAUUCACGUCGUUGACCAGUUGGAUCCUGUGGGGCUACUAGGCCUAUUUGUAUGUGGGAUGGGGCUACUAGGAGGGGGUCUCACUAGGCAGGCGGGAUGAUUAUGUUCAACUGGGCCAGAGAGGUCCUCCUGGCCAAGGGGAUUCAGUUCCAGUUGAUUGAUGAUCCUAUGGUGGUCGAAUUACUUGUGCUCUGCGAGGCUAUUUUAUGGUGUCUUGACCUUGGUUUCACAUACGUCAUUUUUGAAGGCGAUGGUAAGGUGAUCAUCGACAAAGUCAAUCGGGCCGACGCCAGAGAUAACCGGAUGGGUGUUGUUCUUGAAGAAAUCGUGCAUUAUUUGGCUGCUCAUCCUGGUUUUAGUAUUCGAUUUGUAGGUCAUGGUAGCAAUAGGGUAGCCCAUUUGGUGGCUAGAAAGGCCCUUUCUUUGUAUCUGUAUAUGAGUCGCUUCUUUGAUUUCCAGACCUGGCUGAAUUCCAGGAUAUAAUUAUCUUUGUCUUGAUUUAAUAUUAUCUUUUGUAAAAAAAAAGUAUAUAAAAAAUAUUACCGUGAUGAUAAUAUUUUACGAGGUUUAAACUUUAUAUUAAUUUUGAAGAAUUCAUAUUUAUUGUUGAAUGUACAAACAUUUCAUAUGUGAAAUUGUUAAAUGUUUUUUUUAAGAGCAUUUACAUAAAACAAUUCAAUAUCAUAUUUAUAUUGCCACUUUACAAUUUAUACAAUUCAACUCAUAUUAAUUUCAUUAUACCUACAUCUGUGUAAUUUCAUUUGCAAUUGCAUAAGUAGUGCACGCAAUUGAUUUCACAAUAAAAGUAAAUAAACGAAGAAGGAAAGAAAUAAUAAUAUUUUUACUUUCCCAUGUGGCUUGCAUAUUGAAUUCAUCAAAUGCAAGUUUUCAUCUUUGUAGUUGUGCAUUACAUUGUUGCAAUCUCAUCUGCAAUUGCAUAAUGAGUGACAUGUAGGAUUUGCAAUUAAUCAAAUAUCAUUGAUGUGGAUGCUUUUAACACAAUAAAUCUGUAAAUCAAUAUGUAUUAUGAAUUUUUAAAAAAUAAAUAUAAUUUAAUAGUCAAAUCUUUCAAUAUUCAUAAAAUAUGAUCCAAACCUUUAAAAUUACAAAAUAUUAGUCAGCUAUCAAAUUUCCGUAAGAUGAUGUUGAGUGGCAAAGAUGAUAUCGAGUCAGAAGAGUUUGCGUGAUAUAGCGGUCAACCGGAAAAUGGGUAAGGAAAAAUUUUUAGUCAAUUCUUUUAAUAUGAAAAAAUAUUCACUAAAUAGAUCGAGCGCAAGAAGAACAAAAAUAAAUUAGCCAACUAGCCAGUGGACUCUAAUUAUUAAAUUUUCAAUUUCAAUUUACUCUCCCCACAAACAAAUGUCAAACCUUGACUUGAGAUACUUGACCAAGAAACAAGAAUUUUCAAGAAAAUGAAUCAAUAAAAGUUAGAUAACUCUUGAUUAGGUUCACAGACUAAAUCCUGAAAUCCUAAUCUAUGUGAAAGCAAAAAGUUAACAAACCUCCAUAAAAAAUGAGAUUAGAACUUAUAGAGUUUAAUCAAUUAGUUUAUGGUCA